CGGCGUGGUAGUGCUGCCCAGGAUUUUCAUAAGGAGCCAGUUCGAAUGCGCUGCGCCGACUAGUCGUCGCUGAAUCGUCUCUCUCGCCCGUCUCUCGCUUCGUUCACUCUCUCGUCGUUCGACCUUGUUGUCUUCGUUUUGCCCGUCGCCCGUCGCCCGUGUUGUUGUAUUUCAAUCGCGGCUCGUCAGUGGCAAGGAUUAACAGUUUUUUAAUUUUCAUUUGGCCGUGCGGCGGUUCGCAGGACUGCCGGCCUUCCCUUCCAUUCGUCUCUCUCAAACACUCGAGGCGUCGUUCUCUCUCUAUUAUCUUGUGCCGUCGUCGGGUUGUUGGCCGGCUCGUUAUUUUAUCGCGCCGCCUUGCGUGAAUGGUCAAGUGCUGCUUUGUGGUUUACUACACUCGUCUAUUAGACGGCUCCUCACGGCGGCAGUUCACCUAGCUUGCUUCGCUCGCUAAGGAUCAUCAUCCGCUCCCGGGUGUACAUAAUUCGGCCGCGCCACUUGCCCAUCAAUCCGGACGGAAUAAUGCGCACUGUCGUCGUCGCUGCCAUCACAUAGAGCACCGCCACCAACCGUCAGCCAUGAAAUCCCUACAGCCGUUUACCACCGUCUUAUUCGUCAUCGUCUGCUGGAUCGUGUCAUCCGCCGCAUCCAGUCAUGAAAGCGACAAAGGAGACAAACUCACAGCCGGAGCGUCCAGCGAGCAGUUCAACGUGGCGGCGCCGCCCAGUGCGCUGCGAUUGACGGGCGAGGAUUAUUCAUCGCCACAACAACAGCAACAACAACAACAGCACGUCGAUGAAGCAAGUCAGAGCAGUUUCAGCGACGCAGCGGCCCUUAACUUAGCAGAACGGUCGCCUCGCUUCGAAGAUCCAUCCGGUCACGCCAACGUCACUGUCCAGUUGGGUGAUACGGCCUUCCUCAACUGCAGAGUCUUGGAUCUCCAGGAUAAGACGGUGUCGUGGGUGCGCCGUCACGAGCAGGAGCUCCACCUGCUCACCGUCGGCAUGCAGACGUACAGCACCGACUCGCGAUUUUCGCUCCAUUUCCAACAUCCCAACGAUUGGCGGCUGCAAAUCAAAUUCGCCCGGCCACGCGACGAAGGCAUUUACGAGUGCCAAGUCUCUAUCCAUCCGCCCCGCAUCUACACCGUCCGGCUCAUCGUCGCAGUGCCGAGCGUGGAGAUGGUGGACGACCACGGGCGGGUGAUCGAGGAGAAGAUCUACAAGACUGGCAGCACGAUUGAGCUCAAGUGCGUCGUCAGUAAAGUUCCCGGUCCCACUGCCAACAUUAUGUGGCGUCACGGUCUCAGAAUACUCAACUACGACACUUCGCGCGGCGGCAUCAGCGUGAAAACGGACCUGUUGCCGUACGGGGCCGUCAGCCGUUUGUACAUCGCCAACGCCAGUCAACGGGACGCCGGCAAUUACACUUGCAACAUCUCCGAAUCAUCGUGGACGACUGUCGUUGUCCACAUCCUCAAUGGCGAACAUCCAGCAGCGAUGCAGCACGGCCAGUCGUCGUCGUCGGAGAGGAGACCCUUGGUCAUAUCGAUGCUCGUCGUCGUCAUGGCCUCCUGGUUCUUCAUGUGGAAAUGUUCGUUCAGUCGGUAACCGACCGAAGAGCGUCCGACAGAAUGUCCAUCCCGGCGCGACACAACAGACGAAAAUGAAACGGAGAAGAAAACAACAAACAAAAAACCAAACUAAAAACGACCGAGAGACGACCGCACACGCCCAGUGCCAAGAGAAAGGCAAUCGAGCGCUCAAAACAGCAAAAUGGCUUAGAUAAUUUAUUGACGCGGGAGCGAGGACGGCAGUGGAGCGGAGCAGCAGCAGCAGAGCCACCGCGCUGAUGGAAACACCAAGAAACGAAUAAAAACAAAUAAUAAUAACAACAGACACAGCAGACAAUUCAUGCUCAUAUGUGUGUGUGUGUGAGUGGUGUGUAUAUAGCCAGCGGCUGUAUGGUAGUUUCUCGGCCGGGGGAUUUUCGUCUGGCAAUGAAAUGAGAAGAACAAAAAGUUAACCGUCGUUUUCAAGUGAUUUCUCCCGCAACAGUGGACAUAAUUCUGUGCAGUGUACACGCAUCGUCGCCGGCCGAAAAACAGGGCUAGACGCGACGACGCGGAUUAGUGCUAUACUGCUGCUGCUCUUUCGUGCGUCAUGCCAAUGUUGAAUCGGGGAAAUCGUUCGGUUUUCUCUCUCUUUUUUGUUUUUGUUUUUAUUUUUUUCCUACUUGUUUUUUUACUUUUUUCUCUCUCUCUCUCUUUCCCUGUGCGUGUUGCAUCCAGUCAACUGGCGUUACUAUAGACGCCGAACGGCUGAUAUUGGGUCGUGGCUUUGCGUUGUCGCCUAUCUAUAUAUACCGAAAACGUUUCAACCGGCAGCUCUCAGCCCCCAACCCCCUGCUGCGCCAAAAGAUCGUGAACGAAGGCGAUCAAUAACCGAGAGAAGAUUCUCCGUGCAGUCCACCGUAUCGUCGUCGUCUCUCCCGCUCUCCCUGAACUCUGCGAGAGGAGAGGCGCGCUUCAUCCCGAGCGCUCCGUCAUCCAACAGCAUCGCCUGGCCAAAGUCGUCGCUCCGAUUGUGUCGCAAUGGACAUUUCCCUUUUUUUUAUAAAUGUAGCCGAACAAUAUAUUAUGUUAGCACAUGUCAAAACAAUAAUGGCGAUAUUCUGUAUUGUAUCAUUUGUAUUCGCGCGAUAUCUAAUACCCAUUGGCGAUUAUAACUGUAUAAGUUGGUUGUGCGCUGCUGGGCUCCAUUGCCUUUUUCCUCCCAAUUCGGUUGAUUUCUCACUUUUUCACUUUUUCACUUUUUCACAUUUUCACUUUGUCUGAAAAUGUUGCCUCCCCCCCCCCCCCUUUACUACUACCGGGUGGAGUACAAGUUAUAGAUUCGUGGCCAUCGAUUUCUGGGGUUAAUUACCGGAGCAGGACGAAUAACAAUCAGAACAAGGCGCCGCCACGAGCCUCACCCCGAACGAACGAAUGGAUGGCGCCGGCGGAAUAUUAUGAGAUAAGCCGCUCGCUCUCGUCCGCCGGUUACACGGCGAAUACCAUCCGCACCAGUGACUCGACGCUGCUGCUGCUCUUGUACGAUAGAACCACAGCACAUUACCCCUUCCUUCCUUCCUUCCUUCCCCUCCUUCUAAAUAAAUAAAAAAAUAAAUAACCGACACGCCGUGCACAUCAUCAAACAGCAAAAUUCUCGUCUCAUCAUAUAUUUUGCUCCUUUUUUUUCAUCAUUUGGAAUCGAGAUCAAAAAAUAAAAAAUAAUAACCCAAAAAUUGUUUCCUCUUUCCGCUGUGCUCUGUACAAUAUUGCUCCAUCCCGCCGAGCUGUAUAAUGACACUCACCACGUAGGAAAUGUCCUAUAAAUAUAUUGAUACAUAGACUCAUUUUCACUGUGUACGCGCCGCCAUGAUGAUGAUGAUGUAACAACAUGUCAUAUUCUAUAUACUCCAUAUAUAAUAAUCGCGCCGUGUUAUCAUUUCAUCCAUCAGACCCUCUCAUCCACCCCCCACUACAUACACUACACAUGUACUCCCCCACUCAUCAUCUGAUGUUCACAAGCGAUCGAUAUAUAAUAAACCCUUAUUAAUUUAGACUUUUUUGCGUUGGUCCACUUCAAUAAAUGUGCUGGGUUGUUCACAAAUCUCUAGAUCAAACUCAAUUGGG